AUCGCCCCCUAACGUUCUGUCCUGUAUCUUGUUACGUAUUUUUGUGAAUCAACCAGCAGAUAGCGAGGCCCACGCGGCGAUCCAUAUAGCAUAUCCGGGAAUCAACACCCGGAACUGUCUGCGCGCUGGAUAAACUGGCCGAGCCACGGAGGAUUGGAGUAGCGGGAGGAACCAGAGAAACGAGGCGAUAUAACAAGGCCAGGAACAGAGUCGAAACAGUGAAGAGCACAGCUUCGCCGAGCGAGGGUGUCAUAAGAGAAAACACCGUUAGAGCUGAUGAAACAAUCGGAGGAGAGUCGCCUAUCACAUUGUUCUGCUGUCAAGAUGGUGGGCGAGCGUAGGAACGGGAACCUGGUGGUGCAGCUGGGCCCCAAUCUCCAGGCUUACCCGGAGGAGCUGAUCCGGCAGCGACGUACCCACGAUGGCCAGACGGAGUACCUUAUUCGCUGGAGCGUGCUGGCUGUGGACGAGGGGGGUGGAACUGGGAGCGGGGGAGCGGAGGGGACAGGGGGAAGUGGAGGUGGCAGUACCUCCAGUGACAACAAGAGCGAGAACAUCUUGAUGUGGAUGACGAGGGAGGAUGUGUACGCCAACUGCCCCACGCUGCUGGGCAACCGCAAGAGUGACGCACAGCGGGCCGUGAAGGAGGAGCAGCCCAGCAGCGACUUCCCCUCCGGCGUCACCUUUGACGAGGCAGAGAUCUCCGACAUGAAGGAAGACGUGAAGCAGCUUGUGCGGCGGGCGCGCAGGCAGAUGGCCAGGAGCAACGAAGUGGACAUUGCCGUCAGCAUCUCCCACACCAUCCACGUGCUCAGUGCCUACGCCAGCAUCGGCUCUCUGGUGAGCGUCUUCAAGGAGACUGGCGCUCUCGACCUGCUCAUGGAGCUGCUGUGUAACAAGGAGAGGCAGACCAGGAGGAGCGCUGGCAAGAUGCUGAGAGCCCUGGCUUCGCACGAUGCAGGGAGUCGUGCUUAUGUCCUCCUAUCUCUCAGCCAGCAGGAUGGGAUUGAACAGCACAUGGAUUUUGACAAUCGCUACACCCUCCUGGAGCUGUUUGCUGAAACUACCUCUUCUGAGGAACAUGGUAUCUCUUUUGAAGGGAUACACCUCCCACAGAUACCUGGGAAGCUGCUCUUCUCCUUGGUAAAGCGCUACCUCUGUGUGACGUCACUGAUGGACAAACUGAAUACCAGUGGGACUGAUCAGAAUGCUGAGCGAUCAGACUGCGCUUCCUCUUCGCACCAGACGGAGCAGUCACGGGUGCAGCGCGAGUUUGAGUUCACCGUGGCCAUGGCUAACCUCAUCUCUGAGCUGGUGCGGGUGAUGGGCUGGGAUCGGAACAGGCAGGCGGAAUAUGCAUCCGUGCUCAAUUCCAAUGAGGAAGAGCAGCAGAAGGUCAUCCGCUCAAUAUUCCAGCCCCGCAACACUCCCUGUCAAACCGUCCUAGCUGCUGCCGUCCCCAAGAAGAAGACGGCCAACAGCUUCAAAACACGCACAGACUUUGCCAGCCGCACCGCCUACGUGGAGUACAUACAGGAAAAUCUAAAAAGCGGGAUGAUGGUGCGCAUGCUGGAGGACUAUGAAGAAGUCUGCUCCGGGGAUGAGGGAGAGUUUCGAUACAGCAACGAUGGUACACCUCCUGUACAGGUGUACUGGAACUCCCUGAGCAGGACGUACUGGGUCCACUGGCACAUGAUUGAUAUCAUUGCCAGUGGCUCAAGCGGGCACGCUGAGGAGGAAGCUCAGGAGAAGGCCUCGUCACUCACAGAGACUCUGAAGCUAAACACAGUAAGCCAGAUGUUUUUCUACAAGCCCCCUGGUGGAUUGUAUUCAUUGCCUUACCUGGCUGAGAGUGUGAGGGAGGACACAGGCACUCUGAGCCGGGCAGAGUGGUGGGAGGUGCUCUUCUUCAUCAAGAAACUUGAACCAAAGCAGCAGCAGGAGGUGAACAACAUCAUCCGACAGAACCUGGAUGAUCAGAUGUCUGAGAUCGAUGAUGCUACCUUAAUCCAGUUGUCGGUGCCGGUGGAAGUUGCCCAGAAGUUGCUGAAGUACCUGACCCAGCACUCGCAGGCAGCCAGCCUGAGCGACCUGCAGAGCUCCCACGUCUACAUCAAUCACUACAUGCGCAAUGGGUGCCUCGAGCAGGAGAGACACACUGGGAUCCUGAGCUCCAUGGAGUAUGGGGAUGAGGGCAGCUCCUCCUUCCUGGGGAGCCCGGUCUCUGUCUCCAAGAAACCCAAGAAGGAGGAGAUUGUGUCAGACUCUGCAAGCUCUGCUUCAGCUAAGCCCGAGAGCGAGCUCCCUAAAGACGAUGAACUCAAGUUCCCCGAAGAUCUUGAAGAAAAAAUGAAAGUGUUCAGUAACCCAAAGAUUCAGGGGAAAAAGAACUACCUGGAUAAGUUUGGUGAGGUGAUUGACAUAAUGAAGAAGAACAGUUCUGAUUUGGGGCAGCAGCUGGCUGGUCUCAAAUUUAUUACCAAGAUCCUGGAGGAGGAUGGAACCCAGGAAAAAAUCAUGUUGAGGACCGACUCUGCGCAAACCAUCCGAGAAAAGCUGUUGAAGAUGCUGGUGGAGAUGCUCAUCACGGAGUCGAAGGAGAAGGUGGUCAGCGCUCUGCGGCUGGUCCACGCCCUCAUGCUCAAGUACGAAUGGAGGGUCAUGUUUGCCACAGAGGGGGGUGUCAAAGCCAUCCUCACUUGCAUGCAAGAGCACUCCAGCUGUGCUCAAGUGCAGCAAGCUUCUCUGGCGGCUUUAAAAGUGGUUACUGGAGCCAGCAAGCAUGACAUUCGCAGUUUUACAAGCUGCUUCCCACUUUCUGAGUCUGGAGCACAGAUGAUGCUUGAGAUCUUUGCAAGUAUUGGCUCUGCAACCCCAGAAGGGUCAAAAGGUCUCCUCAAUGCCAUUCCAGCUGCCAUCGACCUAAUGUUAAACACUCAAGGUUGCUCCCUUGCAGUAUGCAAUGGCCUACUUGUGAUCAUCAUGAUGGUGUCGAACCACAAAAGUCUGGCGGAGCAGCUGGUGGCUUGUGAUGUCUGUCUUGUCCUGAACCGCUGCAUAGGGAAAAAGAGUAGCUCUGCAGCAAGCCCAGAACAAAAGCUGGCCAUCAUUGCCCUUAGCCACAUCUCAAUGGUCCACAAGCUCCCGACAGGACUGGAUUCCGAGGAAGAGUUGGAUUUCAAGGACAUGGAACUAAAGAUGCUCCUGGUGAGCCUGAAGGAGAUGACUGCGACUAAGGAGAUCAUCCUGACUCUGGAGCGACUGAUCUGUGACGAGGUGCCUCGGCUGGAACUGGAGCUGAGUGAUAUCAUGAAAGACAAGGACACCUACCAGGCACUGGUGCGGGCGCUAGAUCACCAUAGGGUGGACAAGGCCGUACAGCUGUCUGUCCUGAGGACUUUAAACAAGUUUUUAGAUAACCACCAGGAAGAUAUGCUGCCCUGGCAUGAAAGCAUUGAGCCCUGCCUAUCUUCCAUGACAGCCCACAUUGGUGACAGAGAGGUUGUGCAGCUGUUCAUCCGUUUCCUGCACCAACUAGCCACGACGAAUAAGGACUACGCUGUGGUAAUGUGUCGCUUGGGCACUAAGGAAGCGCUGAUCAAAGCCCUAGACAAACACAACACCAACUUGCUGCUGGUGACAGAGCUGCGUGACCUAAUCAGUGACUGUGAGAAAUAUGCCAGCCUUUACAAGAAAAUGACUACCAGUAUACUGGCCGGCUGCAUACAGAUGGUAUUGGGACAGAUUGAGGAACAUCGGAGGAGCCAUCAACAAAUCAACAUCCCCUUCUUUGAUGUAUUUCUGAGAAACCUGUGCCAAGGAUCUAGUGUUGAGCUUAAGGAGGAUAAGUGCUGGGAAAAGGUGGAAGUUUCCUCCAAUCAUCAUCGAGCUAACAAGCUGACGGAUAAAAACCCCAAAACAUACUGGGAAUCGAAUGGCAGCACAGGUUCUCAUUUUAUCAACAUCUACAUGUACAAGGGGGUGAUUAUCAGACAGUUGGCCGUGUUGGUGGCUAGUGAAGACUCCAGUUACAUGCCAGCACGGAUAAUAGUGAUGGGUGGUGAAGACCCCUCAAACAUCAGUACUGAACUUAACACAGUGAAUGUACCUCCGUCAGCCAACCGCAUUGUCCUUGUGGAGAACAUGACGCGAAAUUGGCCUAUUGUGCAGAUCAGAAUCAAAAGGUGCCAGCAGGGUGGCAUUGACACACGAAUCCAUGGAUUUGAAGUCCUGGGGCCCAAGCCCACCUUUUGGCCUGUGUUCAAGGAGCAGUUGUGCUGUAGGACAUACCUCUUCCACACAACUAAGGCGCACACUUGGUGUCAGGAAAUCCUGGAGGACAAAAUGCAGCUCCUGCAGCUCUUUAAUAAGUUCAACAGCGCUCUUCGACAUGAACAGAUGUUUGCUGACCGUUUCCUCCCAGACCCAGAGGCAGCUGAAGCCUUGGGGCGUACGUGCUGGGAGGCUUUGAUUACUCCCAUAGUGCAGAGCGUCACUGUGUCAGAUAACAUUACGGUGAGCCCGCUGUCCUGGCUGCUGAAUGAGUACCUGGAGAAUUCUGAGACUGCAAAGCGCUGUAAGGGUCGGCCAGUUGUCUUUAAUUCUCGGGUUCGGAGGCUGACUCACCUCCUGGUCCACGUGGACACCAGCCUGCUGGACACGGAGGAGCUCAAACCACCUGUGAAGUCAAAUGGAAAGAAUAAAGAGGCCACUUCUGCAUUAUCUGCUGCCAGACCCAAAGUGAAGAAAGCCAGCAGCAUUGCAGGAAUAGCACAGUGCUGGCAAUGGGUGGUACAGCAGCAAGUUAAGAAGUUCCUGGACUCUUCCUGUAGCUUGGCCGACUUUGUUGAGCGGUACCGUAACAUGUAUCUGCGUUUGAAGACCACCAUGGAGGAGCUCUUUGGACAGCAGACAGCGUUUGUUCUGGCACUGCGACACGGUUUCUCAGCCGCGCUGCUGCAGCUCUCCAUCCUGACCGCCAUGCACGUGAGUGAAAGGUUUGCUCAGCACAUCGACCUGAUGAUUCAGGAGAGCGGUGCAGACUGUGGGAACAUGGAGAAGCUCAACCAGCUGCAGCAAUUCAUGGAGCCCAUGCUGUUCCUCUCUGGUCUUGAGCUGUCUAACACCUUUGAGCACUUUUACAGGUACUACCUUGGUGAUCGUCUUCUGGGCCAGGGGAAGGUGUGGUUGGAAAGAGCUGUGAUUGAACAGAUUGGUACGUGUUUCCCAAACCGCUUCCCACAGCAAAUGCUGAAGAACUUGAGUGAGUCGGAGGAUUUGCAGCAGGAGUUUCACCUGUAUAGGUUACAGCAGCUUGACAAGACCUUGCAGCACCUGGAUGAAGAGAUGAUGGAGGAUCAGUCAUCAUGCCCUGAAGAUGAGAGUGAGGUGAAGGUGCUGGUGUUGUCCCCACGCUGCUGGGUCAUCUCUUCCCUCUGUUACCUGGAGAAUCCAAGCAAACACUUUCCAUCACCGCUCUGCAGCUACCUGGGAGAAUUCUCAGAGUUCUACACAAACAGUCAGUAUAUGUACAGUUUGACCCACACCAAGCCCCGGCGCCUGCAGUGGACAUGGCUGGGACACGCUGAGCUCAAGUAUGGGUCCUUUACCCUUUAUGUGUCAACACUGCAGAUGUACAUCCUGCUGCAGUUUAACCAGCAAAAUGAAGUGACGGUGGAGUCCCUGCUGCAGUCUACGGGCCUGUCUUCAGCCCUGCUCUGCCAGGCACUGAAACCCCUCACUGCAGACAAGGGAGUUCUGAUCAAGGUUGGCUCUACGCAGGACCCAAUGAAGGGGGUUCUAAGUCUGAAUGAAGAAACUCUAAUCCGUGGGAACAAGGAACAGAGCUACUGCUGCCUGCUGCCAAAGCAGACUUACCUGAAUGUGGAUGAAGAUGCUGCCAGCACACUGGAGAGGAAGAGGAACUUCAUCUACUGCCUGAUUAUUCAGAUCAUGAAGGCUGAGAAGGAGCUGCACAUUGAUAACCUGGUGUUUAGGGUGAUCGAUAUAUGCCAAAAGCAGGAGUCUAGGAAGUCCCCACUGUUGGUGCGCUUCAGCUGCAGUAACACAGACGUGCUGUCCUGCAUUAUGCACCUUCUGAACAAGGGCUACAUCCGGAGAAACGAGGACAGCCCCCACAUCCUGGAGUUUGUGCCCGAGGAUCCCACCACCCCACAGAAGGGCCAGGCUCACUUAACCUUUACCAAGCACGACAUGAAGAAAUCCAACUUGCGCAAUAAGGAGAAUGUGUCCCCGUUCAGCUUGGACGGCUUAACCCCAGCCCUGCGGAGCUCCGAGGACGGGGUCCUGGAGGCAGUGUUCUUCUCAAUGGGCAGGACAAUGACUCAGGACGAGGUGCGGCAGCUGAUGAACCAGACUGUGGGGCAGGUCGCCGAAACUCUGAGCAUCUCCAAUGACCAGGCCCAGCACCUGCUGGUGCAUUGCAAGUGGAACGUGGACCUGCUGAUCCAGCGCUAUGCAGAGGACUCAGACUCCUUGCUGCUAGCCUCAGGCAUGCAGGGCAAGGCCCUACAACCACCGCCCAGCCCCGUCAUCAACUGCCCAGUCUGUCUGAGCCAGCAGCCUGGAGAGCACGACGUAACGCCUACCCUCAGCUGCAUGCACUACUGCUGUAGAUCUUGUUGGAAAGAGUACUUGACAACUAGGAUCGAACAGAACCUUGUUUUAAAUUGCACCUGUCCCAUCUCAGACUGCCCUGCCCAGCCGACCACAGAGUUUAUUUCCUCUAUUAUUACAGACAAGGAGGUUAUUGCCAAGUAUGAGAACACCCUUCUGCGAGGUUUUGUGGAGUGCUGUUCCAACUUGACCUGGUGCACCAACCAACAGGGCUGCGACCAGAUCCUGUGUAAGGAAGGCAUUGGCAGUGGGGGCAUGUGCUCCAAGUGCUGCUGGUCAUCAUGUUUCAGCUGCAACUUCCCAGAAGCUCACUACCCCGCAAGCUGCAGCCAUAUGUCUCAAUGGAUGGACGAUGGUGGAUAUUAUGAGGGAAUGAGCAUGGAGGCGCAGAGCAAACACCUGGCAAAGCUCAUCUCCAAGCGGUGCCCGAGCUGCCAGGCUCAAAUUGAGAAAAACGAGGGAUGUCUGCAUAUGACUUGUGCCAAAUGUAACCAUGGAUUCUGCUGGCGAUGUCUCAAAUCCUGGAAACCAACACACAAAGAUUAUUACAACUGCUCUGCUAUGGUGAGUAAAGCAGCACGCCAGGAAAAGAAGUUUCAGGAUUACAAUGAAAGAUGCACUUUCCAAAAUCAGGCUAAGGACUUUGCUAUCAAUUUGGAAAACAAAGUGUCCGCCAUCAAUGAAGCCCUUCAGAUGAAGUCACUAACGUUUGUGAUUGAUGCCUGCAAGAUUCUUGCACAUUCCCGGAAGGUUCUUGCUUACUCAUGUGUCUAUAGCUACUAUAACCAGGACACUGAGAAGAUGGAUAUUAUGGAGCAGCAGACAGAAACCUUGGAGCUUCAUACCAAUGCACUGCAGAUACUGCUGGAGGAGACACUGUUACAGUGUACAGACCUGGCAUUAUGCAUCCGUCUAUUGAAGCCAGAGCACUUGAACACUGGGCUGGAGCUGAUUCGCAGGAUACAGGAAAGGCUGGUAGCAAUCCUUCAGCAUUCUACACAGGAUUUUCGAGUGGGGUAUCAGUCAAAAACAGGAGCAGAUCAGGAGGUGGCUCAGUCUUCAAAUAUACCGAACCAGCCAAACUCAAACAAGGAGAAGAAGUCUGAUGGCGGAUCUGACUCUGACUCUAACAAUAACAACAACGCAGGUGAGGAGGAGGAGGAGGAGGAGGAGGAUGAUGAUGACGAGGAGUACGAUGAUGAGUACGUCCCAGAGUGGCACGAGGACUACGAUGAUGACGACAUCGAUGAGGACGAGUUCUUCUCAGAUGGCGAUGAGUCGGAAAACCUGGAGCGAGACUUCAGCCCCUAUGAUUAAUACUUAACAAGAAAAAAAUCCAGCAUGCCAUUGUCAAGUAUACAGCGUUACGUUUAAACAAAAACAACAACAAAUAUGUAUUUAAAACUAAACACACACAAAAUGGGUUACAGUUCUUUUUUUUUCUCUAAAAAAUCGCUUCAAAAUUUUAAACAAAUGUUUUUUGAAUGUCGUCUUUCAGAUGAGAAUUUUUGUUUAAUAUAUAUAUAAAUUGUUUCCACUAUAGCCUGACAAGUAAGAAUUUGGUUUAAAGGAAGAUUUCUUUUUUUUUUUUAAAUAUUAAAGCUCUUUGGGAGGUAGGUAAGUGUUAUAUAAGUUUAUGGAGGACUAUUUCUAGUUUAAGAAAUGUAUUGGACAAGUGUGUUUCAAUGGAAGACUAAUCCAAUAUAACCCUUUUGUGGCGGAUGUUUAAGAUUUAAGUAUUAAUGAUCAUUUGAUUGUAUAUGUCUAGACCAAGAAAAACAUAUAACACACAUGCGCGCGCGCGCGCACACACACACACUUAUCUUUUGAUGUAAUGAUAUUGCAACCCUGUAGCUUCCGAAUGUGAAAGGAAAUGGGACGGUGCUCAUUUCAAUGGAAAAUGUUUUAAACAUUUUGUUAAAAGGCCUAAACCUUGUUGGCCCUGUGUAUAUAAAAAAAAAAGUCACUAAAGAGUGAUACAAAAAAGAAAAAAAAAUGUAAACCAAGGUGUGAGUGGAUGUUUAGAUGCUCAAGUGCCCCACCAGAGUUAAACUGAUAGGUCUCUGAGAUUCUUAACCCUCAAAACUCAAGGCACCUGUCCCCUCUUCUAAAGUACAGAGGUUUCACUGUAAUAUUUGGCGAAAUACCACGACUCAUAAUAAAAUAAAUAAUAAAUUACGUUUUUUUUGUUUCUUUGCAAAGCAGCACUUCAUGUAACUUGCUUUUCUUUUUUAGUUGUUUUUUUUUUUUUUUUUUAAAUACACACAACAAAAAUAAAAAGGACAUUUUAAAUUUGUUUUCGAAUAUGUUAAAUGAUCGCUUAUAUAGACCUGGAGAUAUUUGUUGACAGAUAUCUUGAAUUCAGUCUGAUUUAAGUUUGGAGUUUUCAGGUUAGUUCUAGCAGGAAGUUGAGAUAUCCUUAUAUAUUCAUAUACUUAUAUUGUUCACCUAUAAUGUUCUAUCUUUCAGAAAUAAAAGAUAAAAUUGAAGUUAUGCGACUUCAGUUCACUAAAUAAAGAGCUUUUUCUGCUAA